AGAACACGAUAGUCCAUGUCUAUAUAUUCCGGAGAAUAUGCAUGAGUCAAUGAUUCCCUUUCUCUCCUCUUGGUCUCUCUGCAAAUUUGCUUUAUGACAAUUUGAAGAUCGUCUUGAACACAAGGAGAGGCGACAAAUCUUCUGAUCCGACAUGGGGCUCUACAGCGAAGAAGCAGAGGGCAACACCCAAUUUGCAGAGAUGGAUACUGGAGAGAAGCGGUUGAAUGAACUGGGCUACAAGCAAGAGCUCAGAAGAGAGAUGACUCUAUUCAAGACUCUUGCAAUAUCAUUUUCCACGAUGACACUUUUCACUGGGAUCACUCCUCUGUAUGGAUCAAGCCUUUUGUACGCGGGACCUGCAAGCUUGGUUUGGGGAUGGGUUGUGGUUUCGUUCUUCACUUGGUUCGUCGGGAUUGCAAUGGCUGAAAUCUGCUCUUCUUUUCCGACGACCGGUUCCCUUUAUUUUUGGGCUGCCCAUCUCGCCGGCCCCAAGUGGGGUCCCUUUGCUUCAUGGUGCUGCGCUUGGCUUGAAGCCAUUGGCCUCAUUGCAGGCAUCGGUACGCAGGCAUACGCAGGAUCACAAACCCUUCAGAGCAUCAUAUUAUUGUGCACUGGCACAAACAAAGAUGGCGGCUACCUUGCACCGAAGUGGUUGUUCUUAUGCAUGUACAUGGGUCUUACUUUCAUAUGGGCAUUUCUCAACACAUUCGCGCUUGAAGUAAUUGCCUUCAUUGACAUAAUCUCAAUAUGGUGGCAGUUAAUUGGGGGGAUCGUCAUAGUUAUAAUGCUUCCGCUGGUAGCACUGACUACACAGUCUGCAUCUUUUGUGUUCAGCCAUUUCGAAAUGGCUGAAUCGACUGGGAUAACGAGCAAACCGUAUGCAGUAAUUCUAGCUUUUCUCGUCAGCCAGUAUUCACUUUACGGGUAUGAUGCAGCUGCGCAUCUAACUGAAGAAACUAAAGGCGCUGACAAGAACGGUCCCAUUGCGAUUCUUACCAGUAUAGGGAUCAUUUCAGUGUUUGGAUGGGCCUACAUAUUGGCUCUUACUUUUAGCAUUCAGGACUUCAACUAUCUAUAUGAUACGACCAAUGAGACAGCGGGUGUGUUCGUUCCAGCUCAAAUACUCUAUGAUGCAUUCCAUGGGAGGUAUCACAGUGCUACUGGUGCAAUCAUCUUGCUAUUCAUUAUAUGGGGUUCAUUCUUUUUUGGCGGGCUUUCCAUCACUACCAGCGCGGCAAGAGUGGUAUAUGCAUUGUCAAGAGACAAGGGCAUCCCAUUUUCAUCGAUAUGGCGAAAAGUGCAUCCAAAGCACAAAGUCCCAUCUAAUGCAGUGUGGCUCUGCGCGGCCAUCUGCGUUCUACUUGGAAUUCCAAUAUUGAAAGUGAAUGUAGUCUUCACUGCCAUUACUUCCAUAUGCACGAUAGGAUGGGUCGGAGGAUACGCAGUCCCAAUAUUCGCGAGGAUGGUCAUGGAAGAGAAGAAUUUCAAACCUGGGCCAUUUUACUUGGGAAAGGCAAGUAGACCAAUCUGUUUGAUAGCGUUUCUGUGGAUAUGUUAUACCUGCUCGGUGUUUCUUCUGCCAACUCUGUAUCCCAUUACUUGGGACACAUUCAACUAUGCGCCGGUUGCUUUAGGUGUGGGUUUAGGUAUGAUUAUGCUUUGGUGGGUGUUUGACGCCCGGAGAUGGUUUAAGGGACCUGUUAGGAACAUUGAUGCCCAAAACGGAAAGGUAUGAUGCGAUGCUCUUGUAUUUGACGUUUCAGUAUACUCAAUUGGUUGUCCUUACAAUGAUUGGAGAACAAAUCCACCGUGUUUUGCCUCA